AGCCAUUAUUAAAGAUUAACAAAUAAAAAUUCACACAGUGGUCUGGCGUGGUGGGUAUGAUAUUGGAUUCGAAGAUUCAGAAGUGCGCCCGUUUGUUAAAUAUAUUAAAUUAGCCGCACGCUUCUGCGAGCGGUACAAGCUCUCCGAGUCUCUGGUUGGAGCGGACCAAGGCGCUCCACGAGCAACUGAAACCAAAGCAUGUCCUCCAAAACAGAAAUGAGCACCUCGCAGUGGGUGCAGUUCUUCCGUGCUGCCGGACUGCCGCAGGAUGUGUCGGUGCAGUACGCAGUGGUGUUUGGUGACAACCGCAUCCAGUGGGGCAUGCUCAUGGACCUCACCAAGGAGUACCUCUUUGACAUGGGGAUCCACACCAUGGGGGAUGUCAUCGCCAUCCUGAAGCAUGCCAAGUACGUCCACAGCAAGGAGGCACAAGAGAAGCUGAUGCGUGGCACACCAUCGUCAGGAGCCCAGCUAGCUGUCGGCAUCCCACGUCGAUACUCGCCCAUCAAGGCAUCGCCUAGGCCAGAACCACCUGUCGAGACAGCACCAGUGAGCAGGGUCAACUUUCCAAGCAGCUACGUAGCACCUGAGCCAGAGCCGCGUGCCACGGUGCGGCCUCUGACCAAGCGGCGUCUGGGCGAUGAACCCACUGCGUCGCCCCCUGUGGCCCCCAAGCGGUUGGGCAUCGGUUCUUCGGCCUCUCAGCGAGUGGCACCACAGCCAGUCACCCACACCGAGGGCCCCACGCUUAAGGUUGUCCUGCCCACUGGCACCACUGCCCGCACCCGCCAGCUCCUGGCUGCCAGCCAACAAGGUUUGUCAGCUGGGACACAAGCAGCUGGCAAGCGAUCAGUGUUCGACCGGCUUGGCGAAAGCUUAGUGAGCAGCACGACCGACUCCAAGGCGGGAAACAGCACUGUCUUCCAACGCCUAGGACCAAGCACUGCCGAGGAGCCAGAGAGUGAGCCACCAAAGACUGUGUUGACUACCAAGCGGCAGCUGCCUGCUCCUUACCAAGCCGUCCUGGCAGCUGCAGCCAAGCCAAGCCGAAUCAUCCAGCUCACUGCCCCUGCCAACACAGGCAGGCCGCUGAUGCGGAGGCAGGUCCUGCCCCCAGCAGCUUCAUCUCGCGGUUUGGCCGUAAGCGGCGAUUCCGGUGGAGGAGUGAUGCUGCGACGGUCGCUGACCGAGGCCACCUCGGGAAGGCUUGGGGGCUCACAGGGACGCUUCACUGCCAUUGCAGGCAUCGCAUCACCGAGGUUGGUCGCGGCCCGUGACCGCCUGGGGCCCAAGGUGCAAACGUCGCCAACAGCUGGCGUUGUUCGGACGUCAAUUCGCGCGACAGUGCCAACGUCGGCAGUGGCCGCUACCCGGAAGGGAAGCGCUGUGGUGCUGACAUCGAAGCGUGCAGCCCCGCUCUCUCGCGUGGGCUUCAGCGGUAGCACUGCUGCUCCACAAAGCGUCUUUUCUCGUCUCGGCGCAAAUCAAUAGCAGGGUGCCAUCUAUUAACGUUGUUACAAUUCAUCAUCAACACUGCUUCUCUGUUUUGCUCUCGCUCUCUGUCACCGGGUUUUGGGAAUACCUAGGCGGCUUCUGGCCGAUUGUGCUUCGGUGUGUCGGAUACUUGGGUUGGUUGAAUGUAAGUUACACGGUAAGUAGCUACACAGUUGCUUUGCAUUGAAUAGGCAGGUGGGUUUGGUUCGUACUGCUCCGUAUAAAAUGCUUGCCAUUUAUUUUCAAAAUAACUUAUCUUCCAGGCUAAACAUUUGUUCACUCGAUAAAGUGGUAUAUUGGGCCAGUUUGUAUUCGGUGAGCAUAGAAAUGACGAGGCAUGUAGGCGUUCUUAAGUAGGAAUGAAUAUGCACAGGCUUGGUAUGUCUGUGUAGUGUAUGGGAAGUUGCCAGAUGUACCACACGUCUGGGUAUUCCACAUCUUUAAAACCAGCCUUGUGAACAUUUCUUAAAGUGGUGCACUCAGCUAGCAGUGCGCUUUGAAACCUGAAAAUUUUACCAGAAAACCAUACAAAAUGUAUCUGAUAGAAGGGAUAUCAAUGUCACCGGGUGCAGGUAAUAACGCUUACAGCAUUCAGAAUGACCUGAAGAUGAUUUUCAUUUUUGUUAUAUGCUGUUUUCUGAACAUAUUGUAAAAAACCUUUUCAUCUUCCAGGGGUGCAGCUUUGCCAGACUUUUGCGGCCUGAUGCACGCAGUUCAGUAGCUUUUAUCUCAGCACUUGAGUUUUCUAACAGUCAGUGCACAUGCAUUGUCCAGAUUGGGUGCUGCAUUUUGCUUUGCAUGCGAAACUGUCGCUGUGAACAUUUCGUAGGCUGUGCGGCCAAUGAGCAGGAAUGGAUUUUCGUGGGUUUUCAGCCCUAGUUUUCAGUUUAGGAAGUCUUACAGCCUAUCUCCGCAUUUCUAGCGCUGCCCUAGUAAAAUGAAACAACUUGGCUGACAUUCCUGCAAAUGUGAACAGACCAAUGUGACAUUAUCACGACAGUAGGGCCUGAAUGUAGGAAGGUGGGGACAAAGGAAAUACAUGGGGUACCGUGGGAAUUUGCAGCAAAACACGAGGAUGCCAUCCAGCACUCUUAUGAAGAAAGUGGAUGACACCCAUUUCAGAGAAAGAAGGCAUAAAGUACCUCAAGGGUGCACCACACCCAUGACCAGAUCCAGUCCUUGAGGUCAGCCACUGAACAUCGGAUGGUCUUGGUGUGAAGGAACACUGUGCUGCGGAGCGCAGACAAAAACUGUUAUUAUAACGACAGUGAGGCAAAAAAAAGUGUAUUAGCAAGAGUAAGCAAGAUACGUGGUCACAUGUCUUUUUUUUUGGUCACAUGGCAUGUGUGACAGUGUGUAUCAGUAGCACUAAAUGAAAAAGAAAUUGAACUUAAAAAAGAAAACGAUGCCCAUGCGACUUGAUGUAUAGAUAGAAAAAAAAAGCCAUGUGAUGGUGCAUCUUGCUUACUCUCGUUGUAUACACUUUUUUUCCGUCGCUGUCAUUAAACAAUUAGCUUCAUGUGUGUCUAAUGUCUUGGUUCUUUAAGUCCGUGCCAAAAGUAUUCUUUCGCAGCGCAGUGUUCCAUCAUGUCACAGAAACAACUAGCCUACUGCAGCACAUUAUUGAGCGCCGGUGCUUGGAGACGCACAUGGUCAGCGAAUGCGGCGCGUUCCCGUGGCAGGCAAUAAAUGCUCGGUCGGUCAUUUUGCAUGAUAGGCAGAUAGGUGUCAUGAGCGGGUACAAGAGAGCAAGGCUGUCGGGCAUCCGCCAACUCCUUCACACAUCCAUUGCAUGGGCCACCACGUGGGGCUUGUUCCACCUGAGGUCAUUCGAAGGUCUUCAGAAACUGAAAAUACAGUUUUGUCCCCAUGGUUCCAUUGCUGCAGCAGGGUCUGUCGACUAAGAGUGUUGUUGUAACUGCAAAUCUGCAUCCAGUGUCCCUGUCGCUCUCUCUCACUACUUUCGUUAUAGGCAUGUGACGUAUGUGAUGCGGACAGCAAAGCCACCGAGGUUGAAUGACAUCUGUCGCAGAUGUUUCGAGAGUCACAAAGAGAGCGGAAACGAGAAGCAGUACUCUUGACUUUUGCAGCACCACUUUUUUUUACAUCAUCUCGUCAUGUCAUUACCGAGUUCAAUGGAAUCCCUGUUAAAACAUUACCGCAUGCAUUCCCAUGAUUAUGUAUGCUUUCCAUACUAGCCAUGCACAAAUCGCGGUGCCUGGCAUAACCCAUGUUGAUUCGCUGUCGUAUCACAUUCGCGCUAUUUUGGUGCUGAUAGUACAGAACAUAUAAAGAAUUACAGGAGUGUGUGCAGAAAUGUUUUAGCAAGGACAAGCAGCUGUUACACAAUGUGUUUUCUUUUUAGUUAAUUAAAUUAUCCCAUCAAUGUGUCAGCGGUCUGUGAGCCAUGUCCGACUUCUGCUACGGUGUGUCGUUCUCAGCUGCAACACAAUUUCGUAGUGUUCACAAGCGCAUCAUCUCUUGUUCAUCAGUGUUGUGUAAGGCGGUUGCUCUGUCAACUGUGCAUGAGGCAUUUCUGCUGUUUGAAAGAAUAUGGCUUUUUUUUUUUUAUUACAUCAAGUAAGUGCUAUCACCAGUCUAAUUUUUCUGACUAGUGUUACAGCAGUGUUGAAGUACACAUUUAUUGCUCACUUGCACUUGAAUGUGCUGCAGCCAUCUGCUUUGCCUCUUAACUAAGAAGACUGAAGUCAAUUCGAAGCAUAUUGGUAACAGUAAGAAGCUCACAGCAGGGGUUGCCGAAGCAGGAACACCUUUGCAUCGAGGGAUAUGUAUUCAAUGUGCAGUGGUCCCUUGGCCUUGUGUCGCAUUAGGUGUGCCCAUGAUAGGUCUCCAGACCCAACACUGACCCUAAAGCUUUGUUAAAAAGGUAAGAACAUAGCUGCAGCAUUCAUUAACAAAACUGCAAGAGUCAGCGUUACUUUAGAACUUGCUUGUGCAUGUGCCAAAAGCUGUAGGCGACUGCUAGUCGCUGCAUCAAGUUCUGAGCACCAAUCUAUGGAUCUGGGUCAUUGGUCACAGUUGCCUGGUAGUAUAGGUUAAUGUUAUAUUCUUGUUCUUCCUGAGUUUACAUUUGUCGGUUACAACGCUAUGCACGCGAUAUUGCAACAGUGGCUUCCUGCACGCAACUAUAUCACCGUAAAUAGCACUUUUAAGUUUGACCAAUGUUUGACGAAUGCCCUAGGUUGGCCCCCUGAUCCUGUGUUUCUAGGGAAGUUAAAUUCAUUGCACGAUUACAGAAGCGCUUUGAGUGGGCGCAUGUUCUCCAUGUUGCAGUGUGCACACGAGGCACUGUGACAUUUUUUUAAUGUUUCUUGCAAGAGUGCAAGCUGAAACAGUUGGACCAUUCUGCUGACAUGUCUUAUGCCUGCAGUGUGCUCUUGAUGUUUUAGUUAUCGGGCACAGUGAGGGACCUUGUUUUGUUUGCACUUUUUUUUUUUGUAGAUCUGAUUUGCACAAACCUUUCUAGAAGUCUUCAUAGAAGAAGAGAAGGAAGUAAAAUCUGAAUGCUCACAACGUGACGAAGGAUACCUUAGGGGUCAUGACUGUGACGCACGAGCCCAUCACUGUCAUUUCAUUCGUUAUGAAAGUGCCAUUGUUGUAUAUGUUUGUGUUGUCGCCCCCUUCAUGUCUCAAAGACAAACGCACGACCUAGGCUGUGGUCAGCCUGUGUGUAUAUGCGUCGGAGGGCUUUCACACGUCUAGGGCUUUUUGCGUGCUAUAAUCUUGUCGUGGUAACUCAACUGGGGAAAGUUUGAUUGAAACUAAGAGUUAUGCUCCUAAGUAGCAUUCUGAUGUAAGCGCCACCAUCACCAGCGAUGUUAGCGUAAAGCCAUGCACCGACUUUAAACAAAAACGUUUGUGAGAAGCAGUUCAACUGUUGAGUCAGCUUUACUUUUUCUUUUUGAGUUUUCUUUCCAACUGAUUCUGCGAGGUGCAGUGCAACUUUUAUUGACUAAGCCUCCACACUACAUUCUCCUAUUUAUCGGUGGGCAGUAGUAAUUUGAGUGCAGAGAUUCUAUUGAUUUUUUUUAUUUUGAGCUUGAUGUAUAUUGUUCAUUUGUUAAUUAUUUCCUGCUGCAUACUUUCAUGUCACCAUCUUCAGUACACCUUAGUUAGACCAUCUCACGAACAAACGGCCCAAAAUUCGGUUGUCAGUAACUGGCAGGUUGGAACAGUCACGCACACAGAUGUCCUGGGAAUUGGUCCACGUUUGCAUCUGAGGCUUGAGCCUGCAGAGACAUUCAAAACAAAAUACCACUGAAAAGGUGCAGACAAAGUGGGCAAAAAAAAAAGCUGACGGUAGGUAUAGACGCCAGUGCAGAAGUGAGACAUUCUUUGACAGCACACACUGCUUAAAUAAUGGUCAAAACAUGCACCUGAAGCCACUAUAAGCUCAGUUAAUAAAAGGAAGAGCUUGCAGCAAACAGUUCAUAAAGCAGACGGCAAAGCUUGUUUGGUUAACCGAGCCCAAUUUAGUGUAGUAUCCACUUGGUACUCCAUACAAUCUGAAUCGCCUCAGUUUUGUAGCAUACAUUGAUUGUUUCCAGAAAUUUACCAUUAGGCUUGUUUCUUUUAUAUGUAAGCUAUUCUCCAGUGCUUAAAUGGGACAACCGUCUUUCUGUCUUUUUUAUACUGUUGUCCCAUUUAUAUGCUGGCAAAUAGCAUUGGUUGUUCUUUGCAAGUGUACAUGCAGUAAAAUAUGUUUCCAAGUA